AGUCGCACAAGGAACCGAGAUGGCGGCGGCGGCGGCGGCGCUGAGGCGAGGGGUGGCCGGCUGGGCCCGGCGCCGCUUCUUGGGAGGACUGUGGCAGGGGCGGCGAGGCUGCGCCGGAGCCCCGCUGGAUGAUACGGUUAAUGGGCUGAGCGAGGAGCAGCAGCAGGUACAGCGGCGGAGCCCUGGCUGGGCUGAAGGUCGCUCGCCCGGAGACUUUCUCUGCGCCUGCUCCGUCCAGACCCCGCGCCGGAGUCGCGCUUCAGAGCCGCGCUCCUCUUGGCCUCGAAGGGUCCCGCCCCGUCAGGUGCUGGCGCAGGGCCUUCUCCUGCGAAAGGCCAGUUCUCAACAGGGCUUUGCUCUGGACCACAUGAAGCAGUGGUCGGAAAGACGCGAGCGCCUCUGAGCGCCUGCAGAGUGCCCGCUCCACCCCUCCCCUCAGUAUUGGGUUUAUCGUGUCCCCAAAUUUCUAAUACGGUGCAGGACGACUUCCGAGUUUGAAAGGGCAACUUGUGGGCAGCCCUGAUUCCAUCUUCUUCCCAGCGCAGCAACUAACUUUCUAUUAUUUUACAGGGCUGCCCUUUAUAAGUUCCACAGCUGCAAGUCGGCCUGGACGUCUUUUAUUCUGGAGCGAAUGAAAGGGUCCCUGUGUGAGAUCUCAUGUUGAUGUGGACACAGAUUUGCACCCUUAGCACAGCAGUUAAUUCGGAGUAGCUGCCCUUUCUUAGUUACAGUCACCAUUGCAGAUUAAUGUCUCUACUCCACUCCUAAGUGUACUAGGAAGGGUGAUAAAAGGUCACUCUUUUAAUGGCCAGACGAAAUGUAGUGAAUUGGUUUUCUUUCUCUUACAAAAAUGCAGCCGUGGAGGCUGUGAUUGAGCUUUUCUCCUCUUCUGGGUUUCCUGUUAAAACAAGUGCUUCCCACCCACCCUUUCUCUCCUGCCCCCCCAAACUUUGGUUAAGGGGUGGCAGCUAACAACCAGCAUCAAUAACAAAGCCACCAGAUAGGAAGCAGUCAUCAACCCCCCUCUCCCACAACUUGUGGCAGUCCUCUGCUUUAGAUUGCAGGUUCAUUUGUACAUGAAAUACCUUUGGGUGGCAGUCACAUGUAGUUUAGUUCAAAAGUUAGGGGGUAUAUGUUUUGUUCAGCUCUAUCUGGAAAAACCUGUUAAAGCUACUAGAUUCCAAAAUGGCUCAGGUAACUAGAUUUUCUUCUAGGAUGGUGUAAGCCAGAUAGCUCUUCCAAGUUUUUUCAGUCAGGGAAUAAGAUAACAGAGCUUACCAGCAUUCUAUCAGUAAUUUUCAAUAUAAAGGACAAUAUUUCCACUAUCCCUAUGCCUUUAAGAAUGAGUGUCAGUUUCCACCAGUUCAUUUUCUUCCUUUGUGUCUCCUUGAAAGAUUGUGCUGCUAGCCUUGGAAAAUGUGUUUUCUAAAUCUUAGUCAGCGACUUGUAGCUGCUUAUGGUCCUCGUGACACAAUGGCACAAAGUCAAGGGAGGGAGUGUCUAAAUUUCAGUUAGGCUCUUGCAGCACUGCUCUCUUCAGAUGCAAUUCUAAGUAUGAUUUCUUGGCAACUUAAAUUGUACUGGAACCAGUAGGAUUUCCAAGUAAAUACAUUGUCUGAGUUAUUUCUAUCCUGUCUUUCAUGGCAAGCUCCCACAAGGCAGUUUGGAAUGACUUUUAAAACCAGUACAAUAAAUAAUAUAGAUCAAAAGCAGCAUCUGAUACAAAUACAUAAGGACUCGGCAAUGAAAUGAAUAAAAAGUUUGUGAGGGGAAACAUUUAGGGUCUGUUUUGAAGGCUUGCAGAAGUGAGUUAGACUUGAGUUCAUGGGGGAGGGAAUUCCACAGAUGUGUUUUAGGAUCAGGUGGGUUGUCUCUUAUGUUCUGGGAUUACUGCUCAGUUGUAGAACGUACGUUUUGUGUGGGUGCAGAGUGCCAUCUGUGACUUGGGUUGCCUGUGCUGGAAUUACCUCUGCUGGAAACCCUGGAGGGCCACUACCAGUUCAGAGAGGCAGGUUUGGAGAAGAUACAUAGCUGAUGUGAUUUAGUAUAUACUAGCUCCACUGUAAUCUUUAUAGUAUACGGUGUGUGUAGCAGUGAUGUAGCGAAACCUUUUAUAGCUUAUCAAGCAGUGAUUUGGCUGUAAACCUCUCAUGCUGCGUCCAUCCAUUUUAGUGCAGUUUGUUUCUCCUGUAAAAAGGGGGGCUAAUGAUACUUGAUCAUACAGGUUUUUAAGUGAGUUUUUUUAAAAAAAGAAGUCUUUAUUAUGCCCAAAUGAUAGAUUCUUGUUAUGUACAUACUACAGCAUCUCAUCCAAUAGUAGCAUUACAGAGCAAGUCCCAACUCCCAUAUCAGUUAAGAAGAGGCUGAAAUGUUCCUCUAUUAGUGGGCACUAUUAUAUUUGCAGAAGGCUCUAUGAAUGUAAAUCUCCCCUCAGUGGAAGACCUCAAAACAGAGUGUUUCAGGGCCAGUGACAGCCAAGGCCUUCUGCUUCUGAGGCUUCUCCAUAUUCCUGAGAGACCCCAGGAUCCCAUCCAUCAGUUUGGCUCAGUCCGCAGUCUUGGGCCAUGUAUUGCAUGCAGCAUUCUUUAGAAUGGCUCUGUGGGGUUUGAUUUGGUUUUGCUCGCUUUGGGACUUUGAAAUGUCACAUUGCUUGCUUAGUUGAACCAUCACUUUUUCGGUGUUGGCCUGCUGCAUAGAUAGGCCCAAGGGUAGUUGGGAAUUAGUGUGAACUUUCUUCUACCCAUCCACACACCCAAGUUCUUUUGGUAUAUUUUACCAUUAAAUAUUUUAACCAGAGCCAACAAACGUCUUCAUGUUACUAGGUAGGGGAUAACUGUUUAAAAACCAGAUUAAACCUAUUUUAAAAUAUCAAGAGAUACACAUUGUAGACUAGACAGAAAGUGCUUUGUCAGUAACUUCACAGGUUUCAGCUGCCACCAUAGUUAGCGCUAAAUAGUUUUAUUGACAGUAAGUGGGAAUUUAAUAGAAUAUUCUGUUCCAGGCUUGAGAUAUCAAAGAAAAACAGCUAGGGAACCUUUUUGAUAGCAUUCAAAGGAACUUAGCAAUUGUGAUUUAUAAUGUUCACUUUUACAUUUUCAUUUCUAACAGCUUCGGCAAACUAUGUUCAAAUUCUGUCAGGAGCACUUGGCUCCAAAGGCCCAAGAAAUUGAUCAGCAGAAUGAAUUUGCAGGCAUGAGGGUAAGUGCUUCUGUACUGUGAACCUACUUACUAUAUAACAUGACUUCGGGAGAUGCAUGAAUGUAAUUUAAAGGGUGCAAAUAUGAAGGGUUUGAGAAAGUUACAAAAUGCCUACCCAUUAGAAAGAAUAAACAACUAAAUCCAUGAGGGAAAAGGACAUGUAUGCCAUUCAGCAAGAAUGAAUAAAAUAUACAUGUUUGGUAUUGUUUCUGUCUUAUUUUUCAAAGUUUUCCAUCUCCGUUACCUGAAAGAGUAUGUCGCCUCUCCUGAACAUGUAAAUCUUUUCAUGGAACCUUCUUCAGGUUGUAAAGAGUUAACUGUUCCAGAUGCUGGGUUUCUAGAAUAUGGGAUUUAACAGAUUCCCUCUUGCGUUAAUUGUUAAUGAGCUAGAGAUAUUUUUAUGGGACUUCCUGCUUCUCACUGUUUUUAUAAGCCCUGCAGUACAUGGAAACUUCAUAUGUACUAGAACUUUUAUACCUGCUGUGCUUCACAGAGAAUUACUUUAAAAUGUUUGCAAUAGCCUUUUAUGGAAUCAAUUUUUGAGUGCUGUGGGACCUUGCAAUUGAAUUAUAUGGUGUCCUUCACCAGGAUAGUUUGGAAAGGUAACCAGUUCUCAGAAGUACAGAAAGUAAACAAAAUGACUACAGUUAUCGGCAAGUGUACCAUUUCCAGAAGGUCAAUCAUGCAAAAUAACCAUUACCAGUAAGUUACUUUGUAAAUAAGCCCACAAAAUUAGGACCCUCCCCCCACCCGGAGGGGAAUUGUAAUGGUCCGUUGGAGUCUGGAAAAUGGCUCUGCCCAUUUUCUGGCAGCCCAUUUGCCUUCCAGGCUGGGCACAGAGAAGGGGCAGGUGUCCUAUCUAUCCUCUAACAUAAUUAUGCAACUUCUCCUAGAGAAAGAAACUUGAAAAGCAUAGAUUAAAAGGUAACACCCCCACCCCACCUCCAGAAAUCAAGGCUAUCCGUCCUGACAAUGUUCUAGGCCCAGAGAGCAGCAGUGCUGCAGUAAGGCAUUCGUCUAGAAAACCACUUGAGGACUACUGCAGUGUCAACGUAUAUAAGGCAGGGGAAGUCAGUUCCCCGUCUCCAUGUGCCUCCAUCUUCCCAGGGCAGCUGGGACAUUUAUGAGACAUAAAUUCCUUCUUUGCCUUGUAUAUACAAGCAAAAGCCGUCCAAUGAGUCCCUCCAAAGGGAAGGGCAGUAACUCAGUGGCAGAGCACAUGUUUUCAUGCAGGAGCUCUUGGUUUCAAUCCCUGGUGCGUCCCGCUAAGCUUCAGCUGCUAAAACAUCCAAGGCAGGAACUUCCGGGGUGGCGCCAUUGGUAAUGGCGGACUCCCUCUGAUCCGGAGGGACUGGCUGUACGGGAAUCGGGUCUGUUCUGCUACGGCGAAGCGGGGACCCUUGAAAAAAUCAUGGAUUUAGUUGUUUAUUCUUUCUGAUGGGUAGGCAUUUUGUAACUUUCUCAAACCCUUCAUAUUUGCACCCUUUAAAUUACAUUCAUGCAUCUCCCGAAGUUGCGCAGCUCUCCCACGGCUAGCGGAGAGCUUGCCGGCACCCAGAAGCUUGGGGCGCGCUGAGCUCAGCACGCCCCAAGCUUCGGGCUUCGGGCUUCGGGCUUCGCGCAGCGCUCCGCUAGCCGUGGGAGAGCCGUGCGACUUCGCGCAGCUCUCCCACGGCUUGCGGAUAGCAGCCUGUUCUGGGGGCUGGAGUCGGGGGAAGCUCGGGCUUCCCCUGCCCCAGCCCCGCACCUGGGGAGGAAAUAAUUUUUUUUUCCUUUAUUUCCCCCCCCAAUAAACUAGGUGCGUCCUAUGGGCCGGUGCGUCCUAUGGGGCGAAAAAUGCAGUAACACAACAUAGGUUGUGAGCUUACUGUAUAAUCCAGUCCCUUCAUUUCUCCUUCUGUGUCUUGUGUUCCCCAUCCCACAGAGACCUUUAUAGCAGAUAUGUGACACAUGUUUUGACUACCUGGGAUCACCUUGUGGAAAAUAAUGUUGUAUAGACUCCUUUGAUCUUGGUGAGCUAAUGAUUGUCUGCAAAAUGAUGGCAGAGUGCUUGUUUUGAGCUUGCACCAGAAAUACUAUCAGGUUGGGUUGCAGAAUAGCCACAUGUCUGGAGCCAUGUACAUUGAGGGUGCUAUAUAAAUGCUUAUAAUGUUCAUCACAUUCGUGUAAUGCAAGUUCAUGUCUUAACUUAUUUAGGAUUAUAGAGUGCAUCGUUCUGAUGGCUCUAGCUGGGCAGCAGCAUGGAAGAAGUUGUUAAUUUUUUUUAGUAUUUCUUAAUUUUUAUGGAACAAAUCUUUAGUGGAUGUGAAGUAUUCAAGGUGGCUGUGACCUUCUGUUUCACAGCAGGUUCCAUGACAACCAUUAUUUUGCCCAGCUUUUUGCUUCUGUGGGGAAAUUAAAAUGAUAGGUUCAGGGAGAUGAUAGAAAAAAAACCUGGUUCCUGGUCUUGUGAAAGGUUAGGGUCUCUCUAACAGCUUUGCUCUGCUCUUUGUAGGCAUUCUGGAAGAAGCUGGGUGAUCUAGGUGUUCUAGGAAUAACUGCUCCAGGUGAGAGUGUAGCUAGCCCUGCCUUCCUCAUUCUGGCAAAAUAUGGUAUAUUUAAGUGGGAAAUGCUGCAGUUAGUAAUGUCUGUGAAUGAAUAAUUGGAGAUCAAGGGCUUGAGGGGAAAACAGACCCAAUUAGCUCACUGGCAAUUUGUCAAAGGCCAAGGCUGCUGAGGUCUAAAAGAACACCUUAUAAAUGACAUGUCUUCUAUAUGGAUAUUGCCUUUGUUUGGAAAGAGUGUGUACUUUUGUUACAUGUGGCAAACAUAUACAUGCCUCUGAUGGAGCACGCACACAAAGGGAGCCCUAGUUGUCGCAUAUUGCAUGCGCCACUAGGAGUUAGUCAUAUGAAAUAUCUCCCACCAUUUCCUAAAGUUGUAACUGUGUAAUUCAUUCAUCACUGCCUGCUCUCUUUGUUGUUUGCUUCCCUCUGACUUCACUUCUGCCCCACCUCCUGACGGUAUGUGCAUAUAUGCCUGCCAGUUUGGGAUUACACUUCAUGCAUCUGAUGAGUGGAGUGGAGUACAAGGAAGCCUAUGGCGUUAUAAAUCUUAACUGUGUCACAAGGCUCUUCGACUGUGGUCUAGGUAAGUCUAUAAAUAUUUUCUUCUCCUUACCAGCUGAAUAUGGUGGCUCUGCGAUGGGAUACCUGGACCACGUAUUGGUGAUGGAAGAGAUUUCUCGGGCUUCCGCAGCUGUUGGGCUGAGCUACGGUGCCCACUCUAACCUUUGCGUCAAUCAGAUGGUGAGGAACGGCAACGAAGCACAGAAAGAGAAGUACUUGCCCAAGGUAUGUGGAAUCGUGGAGUCUGAUGCAUCCAGGGAACCAGAAGCAUGCUGGGUAACAACUUCAAUUACAGAACAUGUUUCUUAGAGCAAAGAAAAAUAAUGCUCCAAAAUUGGACACUUUGCCCCCAUCAUUUUAUUUCAAAUUUAAUUUUAUAUUUCCAAGCAUUUAUUUAUUAUUAAAUUUCUACUUUGCCCUUCCUCCCAAAGGCACCUGGGGUGGCAGAUAUAAAAAAACUUAAAUAAUUUAGUUAAAUAUGAGAAAACAUAUAAAAAACCAUCUAAAACAUUAUUAAUGAAAAGUCAUUUUUUUAAAAAAAAACAACCUGAACUCAAUAGCUUUAAAAAAAAAAUCUUCUGUUUUGUUUCUACAAGUAAAAGUCACAGAUAUUUGGGAGAAAAGACUAUUGGUUUGAAAUCCAAAUGUGCAAUGAAAGCUUAAGUACAUUUACUCCAGAGCAAGUUCCACUGAGUUACAUCAGACAUAUUUAGAAUUGCAUUUUGUUGAACCAGACUGGCAUCCGCCUCCCACCUUCGGCUUGGAAGGUGCAAGCUGGAAAAGUCUGCAUUCUUGGCUUUGGUAUCCCUCUGCCUUUUUCAGAAUUUAGUGUAGAAUAGUUAACACACACGCUAUUAAGUAGAGGCAGGAAUGGCAUCUGGAUUUCCAUGAGGUUGAUUAACACAUGCAAGUUGAUCACUUGGUGGAUGAUCUGUCACAGAGCAAACGUGAAUGUUUCAUAUUCAUAAACUUGGCUGUCCUCCUAUCAAACAUCAUGUUUUCAGUGGAGUCGGUUAACAUACCCAGCUCUGAGUCAUCGCUGUUCGAAACUGCCUUAUGUGUUUCAUCAGGAGCAGGGGAAGCUGUUGUCGUAUCUGUCAUAUAGCACCAGGCACACUUUGGUCCCCUGUAGUGAGUCCUAAUUUGCUUUCUAAAAAUUCAAAACUUCAGACUGUUCCGACAUGCUCUGCACACCAGGGUAUUUACCAGCUUGUCCUUUGCUGCCAUGGAUGGUCUGUUGCUAGUUUUGGGAAGAAGAGGAAGCACUUGAGAGUCAUGGGGUGCUUCUGCUGACAGAAAACAGGUUGAAGAAGGCCCUGACAGCAUCAUCAUCUGUUGUGCCCUUAAGAACAAACCAAAACUUCAAGGCUACCUCAAUCUCUCCAUGCUGUUUGGCACACAAGAACACUCCCCGCCCCCCAUGAUCAAUUUCCAGUGCGAUAGUAAAAGCACUAAAAAUAGCACAGCACUAUUAAAAUCCCUUUCCUUAAGAGCAGUCAGUUCCCAAAGGCCUGCUGGAAUAAACAGUCUUCACCUGCCAGAUGACUAGGAAAGGUAGGAUUCUCCAACUGGUGUUCUUUUAUGAAAAGUCUACAGGGGCCACAUGAAACAGGGUUUUUAUUUAGUUGGGGGUGAAUUACGAUGGAACCCAAUUUUUGCAUUUUUUGAUUUUAUAAUACAUUCCUUUUUCUUAAUCUACUACUGUCACCCAAAUGAAUGAACAGCUUCCACUUCUAUAUCUAAUAAACAGCCUUUGCCCAUCUGAGCGCAGGAUGAAACUUGUGUGGUUUGAAUCUCAGUAACCUGAGACACUUGUACUCAGCAUUCCAUUAUACAUUUGAAAUCAUAAAUCAAUAUUAGUAGAGGGGUGUUGCGGUUGGCCAUGAUCUCACAAGUGAUUGGCUAUGAAAUCUAUUUCACGUGUAAACCAAAGAAGUUUGAAAGGGAAUAGACUGUGUGUGGGGAGAGGUGGACAGGAGGAAAUUGAUGGGGGGGGGAGGCAGCAGCUGCUGUGCCAGAGGGUGGUGUAAGGGAGCCCAAAAGGAGGGUCACCACCUGCUAAUCUAUUGCAAGGGUCAAAGACUUUAGUUUAUUGCCUACCAUUCUGGCAUCUUGUCCCAUUGCGCUGAUUUAUUCCAUACACUGGAGAGUCUUGUUCUUUGUGAAUUGCCCUUUUUGCAAGUGUCUUCAAACCAUCUACCCCAUCCAAUCAUCCAUUUCCAAAGGACAGCACAGGAUAGGGAAUUAAGAGGGACAUCUAUAUCCCCUAGCACAGUUUGCUUGGCACUCUCUCCUACCUAAGGAAUCCAACUAAAACUGUAGGUUUUAGUUUGCCACGUCCUCAUGAAACUGCAAUGUCUUGAUUUUUGUGCCAUUCCUUAAAUAGUAGACCUCAUUGGAGAAUUCUGCCAAAGGUAGUGCCCCCACCAUAGCAUGAGAAAACUUUCAGGUUUAUUGUGAUAUGUUUUUUUUAAGGCAAGAGUGGGAAUGACUGCAGGAAAACAAUUCAUUUUGUAUCUUUCUUGUCACCUCUUGUCCCUUCAGCUGAUCAGCGGGGAGCAUGUUGGAGCACUAGCAAUGAGUGAAUCCAAUGCUGGUUCUGAUGUUGUCUCUAUGAGGCUGAGGGCAGACAGAAAAGGUAAAUGCCACCGAUUUGGAAUUUGCCACCUGCAGUGACCUUUGGACAUUGCUGUUUAAGCAUUUCUGAUCCUCUAUGCAUUUUGUUUUGUCCAUUCAUUGCCAACACAAGUCUGUGUGUGUCUUUGCAUCCUCCCAAACAGAAUAGCCAAGGUGGUCUAAUGGCUGGAGUGUCUGAAGACCUGGGAGACCAAGGUUCAAAACCCCACAUGGCCAUGACGCUCACUGGGUGACCUUGGGCCAGUCGCUGUCUAACCUUUGUCACAGGAUUGUGUGGGGAUUAAGUGAGGAGAGGGAGAACCGUGUACACCACCUUAUGCUCCCUGGAGAAAAAGAUGGGAUAUAAAAUGUGAUAAAUAAAUAAAUUAAAUUGCAGGAAAUGGAAAGGGGUAAUCCAGGUGUAAGAAGGGCAUGAGCAGGCCAGAGGUUCCACCCCCCAAUUUCAGCUUCAUUGGGAUUGCUGAAAGGCAGGAGUGGAGAAGACAAAUUUCUGGUUUUCAGAGGUCCCAUGGCCUUAAAAUAGAAAUUGAGUGGUAUUGGGAACAAGAGCUGGGGAAGAAACUGUAUAUGUAGAAGCCGGGUUGAGAGACAAAAACUUCAAAGUUAAGGGAGUGUGUGAUGUAAAUUACAGUUUUCAAGAUACACUGGCCUGUAGGCUAGGCAUCCUGUUGUGAAUAUUUUGAGAAUCAAUAUAUAUUUUAGCAUGUAUUUAUUUACGAAAAUUUAUUAUAUAGUGUUUGAUACUAGUAAAACCUCUAAGUAAUUUACAAGAAAUAUUUAAAAUUAUCAAUAAAAAAGCAGUUAAAAGCAAUUUGAAACAUUUAAAAAUGAUUAAAAAUUAAUAUUCAAAAAGCAUCAAAUUGCAUCAGCAUCUGCAAGUCUGGACAGCCUUGCCUAAACAAAAAUGUUUUAAGCAUGGGGGCAAUUCUAGCCCUACUUUUCAAGAGAGCUGGCUGGUUAUAGAAGAAGCCAGCUAUAAAACUGAGCUGUGUAGUGUCUGUAUUAUUUUUUUGCAGUAGAAGAUGCAGCUCUGCAAAUUUUUUCUUUUUCUUUUUCUUGAUAUGCCAGACCUAGGAAUGGAGGAAAUCAGAUUUCCAGAAAUCGAGAAGAAUUACUUGUGGAAUGUCAAGCUGUCAUGUGGGUCUUAACAGAAUUUUCUGCUUGUUUCAUCCUUUCUAGGAGAUUAUUUUGUUUUGAACGGGAACAAAUUUUGGAUUACCAAUGGUCCAGAUGCUGACGUCCUAAUUGUUUAUGCUAAAACAGAUCCAAGUGCUGUUCCAGCUUCUCAAGGGAUAACAGCAUUCAUUGUGGAGAAGGUAGGUUUAUGGGACAGUGAUGCUCCCUCUUUUUAUCCCCAAGGAAGAUAUUUUCCAGGUGGUGUCUGGUCACUCUGGUGUGAGAUUUCUUUUUUUGGGAGGGGGAGAGACAAGUCAUGCUUUUGUUCCUACCCCUUGACUUGCACUUCAGAAUGAAUUCAAAAUUCUUCCCUGCUGAAUGAAUCUACAAUGGUUGCUGAAGUAAGCUGUAGGCAGGGGAUAGCACUUGUCAUUCAGAAGUUUGCCGUGCUGCUCUGUGGCACAUGGAACAGAGCCAGGGAAUCUGUGCUAAUGUUCCCUGAAAGUUCUGGGCAAAUGCCACAUUUGGGUCCCUGUGAGGAGAGGAUUCUCCUGGGCCAGCUCUACAGAUGGUAAAGUUGGACAUUUGGCCAGACACCAGAGCCAGCAAAGGACCUGCCAUCCAGUGUUCCACUUUGAGAAGAAGACACGGGGGCUCAGGUCUGCCUGGAAACAACAGAGUUCACUCUGAUUGGGGUGUUUGUUCCCUAAUAUCUGAAGUUCUUGACUUGAUGAUGAAGGAAAUAAACUUGGGAUUAUCUGUAGGCACUUUCAUGUUUCAAAUAUUUUAAUCCUCUCCCUGCUUAUCCUCUGAAUUGUCAUGCAGUGUGCCAUCAUUCGAUCGGCCUCUUUAUAAAAAAUGGAUUUUUCCAGUAGUUCUUCCUCCCCUUUUCUUCAGGGUACACCUGGUUUCAGCACUGCACAAAAGCUUGAUAAACUGGGAAUGAGAGGGUCAAAUACCUGUGAAUUGGUCUUUGAGGACUGCAAGAUUCCUGGUGAGUGAUACUGAAGUUGCACUGCCUCCCUAAUCCAUGGCAACUCUUUCCUUAUUUAUAUUUUCUAGUCAUUGCAAUGUUCAAAUAUGUGUACAAUGAAAAGUUAGAAAAAAUAAAACCCAACAUGAAAAGCAUAUGUUAUUUAAUAGUUCAAGCAAGUGAUAUAUAAAAGCAUCAUCAAAUCUACUUGGCUCAUCAUUAGUUUUGUUUUGCAAUAUUAAUCUUAUCAAGCUUGACUAGAGAGGAAGGUCUUAAUUGUCCCUUGAAGGGGGCAAGCUUGUGGACCUGCUCCACACUUCUGGAAAGUGGACCAAGACUGAAGGUGAUACUACUGCGAGGCCAUCACUUGAAAGACUAGCCAGGAUAGGCUGCCACAUUUACACUCACUGUGGCUGAUUUAUGUCCCGUGGAGAAAACCGAGAUUUCUUCCUUGGUUCCCUUUGUGUGGUGGCAAGUUCUUCCCCAACCACCCCCAAUUUGCAGGUGUUACUGAGAAGCUCUAGGACUGAUUGCUUGCACCCUCUUUCCCAAGGACAACUUGGCAGAUUUACAAACUUUUCGGAAACACCAAUGAAAUGGCUGCUGGGCUGCCAUUUUUCCUUACAGUCUGCUUCCGAUCCUUCCAGUGUGCUCUCGUGGCCACAGGCUCCCUCUCUUCAGCGGAAGAGAUUAGUAGCAGUACCAAAGAACACAUGUUCUUUUUGAGACUCCCUCUGAUCUCCCAGGACCACUUCAAUCGUUUCUCAGUGUCGAGCUGCUUCAGUAGAUUCCUGCAUCUCCAACGCAACAUUUCCCUUAGAUCAGAGUGUGCUUUUGAGUGUUUGCCACCCCUUCUGCUGUAUUAGCGUCGGUUGUCAUUGGCGCUCCACCAAGUGUUGCGCAGGUUCCUUUGAUCGUGAGUGCUGCCCCACGGAGUCCCACUCUUAGGUCACACAGCAAUGGUCAGGAGCGGAUUUGGAAAGCUCAUCUUGUAUUUUGCCCAAGGCGUAAUUGUUGAAGGUACAUUCAGGGAAUUCAGAUGCAGCUUUUUCCUUUUUUGUUUUUUGUAUUUCACAAGCAGUUACUUCAUGCAGUUUCUCUGUUCAGCAGCAUUACUCAUGCUAUUUGCCAACUGGUUUUUUUUUUUAAAUUUAAUUCUGUGCUCCCACCCAUGAGCCCCAUGCUUCCUUCCUCAGUCCCUGCAGGUUGGGAGGGGAAAUCCAAAUUCAUCAAUUAAGAUCGGUAUGUGGUGUGGAGUAACACCACUGAUUCAGGCACCAUUUGCAGUGCAGAAAUUGAUACAGUGCUGGCCUCAUGCUCAUGGGAUGCCAGCACAUGCAGGAAACAACACUGGGUUAGUGUUAUGUCUGAACCAGCGAUCCUCUUUUUCUCCCUACAAACCAUGAUCUCUAGCUAAGGUGUGUUCUUGGCUCACUGAUCAUGAGUGGUUGGAGCAAAACGAAUCACAGUUUGGAUAUAAUGCCAAGUCUGGAAUCAUAAUUUCCUUCUUGUGAAGGAGGAGCAAACUGAUGAAGACCAGCGCUUUUAUGGUAAACCAUUAACUAUGGCUUCCCAUAAUGUGUGAACAGGGUGAAAAAGUUGGCUUAAGUCAACUGAAUGCAUAUGUAUGCCAAAUUUUGUAAUACAUAUAUAUUUUAGUCUAGAACUCAUGAGUCUCCUGUCUGUAGCAGGCACUUGGAAUCAUGCUGCGUUCAGCAUUCUGAUCACCAACAGAUUAAAACAAGUUCCCAUUGAAGCUAAUUCAUGUAUAAUUUGAUCUGUCCCUUAGUAACGAUGCCAAGACGUAGGCCAUAAACACAGUUAGCUGUUUUGUGCAAGGUACAUGAGCAACUGAGAUCGUGUUGCUGCUUUCUAUUUGUUUAUGUUGCUUGAAAAUAAAAAGUGAUGUUUGAGUGUAAGGUGUAACUGUGUUUGUGCUUAUAUACCUGGACAUACUCCCAUGUGAGCACACAUACAUAGACGCACAAGGAACACACUAUCUAGGAUUGUGUAGGUUCGCCAGGAAUCAGCUUUCCCUUGUUCCUCACAGCUGCGAAUGUCUUGGGGCAACUGAGUAAAGGAGUCUAUGUGUUGAUGAGUGGCUUGGAUCUGGAGAGACUUGUGUUGUCUGGCGGACCCCUGGGGUAAAUAUGUAUUUAUUUAUUACUCUAGUGACAUAGCUUGUUGUGCUUCGUUGGUUCUAUUAAUACAAGGAAUCACCACCACUUUGAUGGCUGGAGGGGGGUGCUCAUCUUUUUAUGUACUAGUGACCUCACACAAAUGCUGUGCCACAGGACAGCUUGAAAACGGCUGUGGUAAUUGUGCAAAUCCCAUCAGCUAUGUGGAUAGUCUGUUUAGACACGGCAGAUAUUUUGCUCUCUUAAUGAGAGGACCUACCCUUCUCCCUAAAUGUAGAGAUGCCAUGGGAUUCUCCCUGACACGAAACUCUUGCCUUUGGGAAUCCUUGAAAAGCAGCGAGACCUUGGCUAGGUCUUGGCCAGCCAGAGUUUGUGGACCCUGAGUUAAUACUAUUGCCAACUACAGAGUAGAAUGCCCUGUGGCAUAUUUUUGCCCCUUUUAUUUUUAAUAUCCAACCUGAUGGAGACUUUUGAUUAAAAUUGAAAGCUUCCCCCCUUCUUCGUAGCUUAUUAGUGUGUUCUAAUAACAGUAGGAUUACAGGCCUUGGAUCACAGAGGACUCUGUCCUUUUGGCCAUUACUACCUACUACAUGGACCAGCAGCAGCUUUCGAGGAUCUCAAGCAGAGAGGCCUUUCCCAUCACCUGCUACCUGGUCUCCCUGGUGACCCUAUUAACUGGGGUUGCCAGUGAUCUAAGAUAGGAUUUUCUGAAUGGAUUAGUGCCACCACUAAACUGGUUCCUAACCUACUAUGACUUCUGGAUUUAUUUAAUUAUUUUUAGUGGACAAACAGCUACAUGCAUUUGUUAAAAUUUACAGGUUUCUCUAUGGCAGGAGAUGUUAUCCUAUCCAACCAUCCAUCUAUCCAUCUAAACAUACCCAUGUGGGUAUUGCAACAUCUCAUUUGUGACUUUUUCAGUUUACCUGUAGGCUACUUUUUAUUGUUAUUCCUGCUUUUGCAGCUCCUUUAGUUUUUUGGUUUUAUGGAUUGUAUUUUGAUGAUGAUGUUUUGAUGUUUUGAUUGACUCUCUAUAAGCCAUCUUUUCAAAGGCAGGAUGGAAAUCUUUAAAAUCUGCAUGCCUCUUUCCCUUGCAGGAUCAUGCAGGCUGUCCUGGACCAUGCGCUCCCAUAUUUACAUGUGAGGGAAGCUUUUGGACAGAAAAUUGGACAUUUUCAGGUGAGAGCCAUAAGAGGGUUGCCAGUGAACUUUUAGAGCCUGCUUUUAGAGCCUGCUUCCUUUUACAGUUGGAUAAAGCUGGUUUUGGCUCAAUCUCUCUUCCUCAGAUAAAUAUUUCCACCUAAAGCUGUGAUGCUGCUUGUUUCCUAACAAGCAGUUCUGAAGCUAACCAUUUCCCCCAAGUUCCUUUUUAGUUGCUGGCUGAUUUUAAAGUAACACUGAAAUGUCUCCUAUUGCUAGAACCUCAUGAUAAUGUGCAUUCAGAAAUUUAGGGCUUAGGAGAAAUCCAGGGUUUGCUUUUGAUUUGCUGAUUAUGGCAGCUGAUGUUAGCUUUGAAGAAUCGGGUAACUAUUUCAACUUUAGUUGGCUUUGGAAUUGCAGUGUGCCCUACUAGAUGCUUGUCUUUUUAGCGGUCAACCAAACUCUCUUUUUUAAAUAUAUAGGCAGGUACGUUUAAGUCUGGGUUUUUAAAAAUAGGAUCCAGGUUGCUGCUGUCCGAAUGCUAAAUUUAUGCAGCAAGCCCGCAAUUUAUGUGCAUUUAACUUGUGCACAUUCAGCUUUAUGCACGUGGCAAAAUAAAUAAAUAGAUAAAUAAGGGGGCGGAGGAAAUGACUUUGGCAGUCCCACAUGCCGUUGAACCUAAUGUGUUUUGACUACAGUGGUACCUCUGGUUAGGAACUUAAUUCGUUCCAGCGGUCCGUUCUUAACCUGAGAUACCACUUUAACUAAUGGUGCCUCCCACUGCCGCUGUGCGAUUUCUGUUCUCAUCCUGAGGUAAAGUUCUUAACCCAAGGUACUAGUUCCAGGUUAGCAGAGUCUGUAACCCGAUGUGUUUGUAACCUGAGGUGUUUGUAACCCGAGGUACCACUGGAUACACAACUUUGACUUUAGGCACUGUUCCCGGAACGUAACCCCUAUGUAGGUUGCGGGCUUCCUGUAACUUUUAACUUGAUAAUUUUUAUUGAUUUAUUUUAUGUGUGUAUACUUGUUGCCAUCUUGAUUGUUUUUAUACUAAGGAUAGCAGCAAGGGGUGAUAAAAAUUGUGAAAAUAAAUCCAAAUAUCUCUCUCUCCUUAUGCUCUGAUUAGCUCAUGCAGGGUAAAAUGGCUGAUAUGUACACACGGCUGAUGGCUUGUCGACAGUACGUGUACAAUGUCGCAAAGGCCUGUGAUCGAGGACACUGCAAUGCAAAGGUGAGCUCAUGGGUGCUUGCAACAUUUCUUUUUGACCCUACUGUAUUUUGUGUAAGCAGGAGGGGUGAAGAAUCAGUAGUGUAAGAGACUUAAGUCCACAGUAGAAAAUAUAUGAUGUUUUGAAUACUCUCUUAAAGGAGACGAAUACUUCCUUGCCCACCUGGCAAUGGCUUUCCUUUUGCAUAUAGAUGCAGCAUGAUAAAUUGAUGUGGUACUAGAAUAUUUGUGCCACUUGCUUUUGCCACUAAUAUAGCUUUCAUGUGCUCUAAUCAUGACAACCUAAUAGGAUAGACAACGGAAGUGCUGUCUCUUAACUUAAAUUCCAUGUGUACCUAAAACGUAGCAUGAAGCCAUGAAUGUUGUGGUUUCUGUUGCAAUUUGCAGGUGGGUGGGGGUAUUCAGAGCUUAAGGGACGCAUAACAAUGUCCUCAUCUCGGAAGAAAAGGUGGGUGCUUCCUUGUUGGUAACUAUGGUGCGAAUUCGAAAUCUGGUUUGGCUAGAAAGACGACUGGCUUGGACAAUUCUGCCAGUCGCUUGUGUGGGGUUGGGGCCAGAAGAGCUGAAUGUCUAUCUUGGAAGUUCUUCAUUGAAAAUGAUCUUAUCUGCUCCACCAGGAUUGUGCAGGAGUGAUUCUCUACUCUGCGGAAUGUGCUACACAGGUCGCUUUGGAUGGAAUUCAGUGUCUGGGUAAGAUCAUAGAUGUGCAUGUGGUUGUCCCACCAAAAGGCAGGCUGACCUAGCAGGCAGUUGCGCAAUUUCAUGCCAUCUUGUUACCCUGCUUUAAUCAUGGAAUUGGGAGCAAUUAUUACUAAUAUUGAUAACUUUAUUAUUUGUACCCCAUCCACCUGACUGGGUUGCCCCAGCCGCUCUGGGCUAACAAGUGAUUUCCAUUUUGGCCAAAUUCAGCAUUCAUCAUCCCACAAGCUGCUGCCCCCAGGACCCAGUCUGCAUCCAAGAGCUCUGUCUCUUGUUAGACUUUAAGGCUGCCUUCUUGUGUUGCAGGUGGAAACGGCUACAUCAAUGACUACCCCAUGGGUCGCUUUCUGCGCGAUGCCAAACUGUAUGAAAUAGGGGCAGGAACCAGCGAGGUGCGGAGAAUCAUCAUAGGCCGGUCGUUUAACGCUGCCUUUAAGUAGCGCUGUCAUUCGAGGAGAAUCACACUUCAAACCGAGAGGCCUUUUAUUUCUAAGACUGUAAAGCGCACAAGCAUUUUUCCACUCCCGCUACCAGAAUGACCACCUCCACUUAUCUCUCGACCUUCUGUUCUCAGUGCAAACCCAACUAGAUUCCCUAAGAACAUGCGAUUGCAUUACAAUUACAGUGGAAUACAGUAGGAAGCUCAAGUGGAAUAUGUGGAUAUCUGCCAACAUGGUUUGCUUAGAAAGGGAGAAAUUUUGUACACUUUAAAAAAGAUUAUCAGUUUUGUGAACUAUUGAAGUAGAUUUCUCUCUCUCCCGAAUGUGGUGUUUUUAGUGAAUGGGAUUAGCAGCAUGGUGUUCUGUUGCAUCACACCUCCAGAAUGCUAGCUGACUUUAUGGGGUUCUUUUGCAUUUCAUGGGAUCAGCCACCCAAGCAGCAUUAAGGUUGCUGCUGAAACAUUGGUAACAUGGGAGGCAUGCAUUUUUGUUUGUUCCUAUCCUCUCUUGCUGCUUACUGAGGUAUAUUAAUACCCUGCGAAGCCUUCAUUCAUUUGAUGGACUGCCACCUUAUGCUUGAUUCAUGCGGUGAUGUCACCAUCUAUCAUUCUGGAAGCAGUUAAAAUGUCAAAACACUACAAUGUGCCGGCCGAGAGUGAAUUGGGGAGGAGGCGGAGGAGGCAACUUGACUGGGGAAUGUUAGGUGCUUUUGCAAAGCUUCCCCUUGGUGAACAUGGCUGCAUGUACACUUUGCUCUGCCUACUAGAGGAAACAAAAGCUCAGCUGAUGGAUAAGACGGGGUGGGAUCUAGCGGUGCUUUACACACCAUCAUAUGAGGACUGAAGGGUUUUUGUUUUGUUUUUUUACUGGAUAGUAAACAGCGUGACACAAUUUCCAAAGAUCUUAAAGUCCAGGCAAAAACAGAAGUUGGCUAGGAUUUAAAAUGGUUGUUGGUGGCUGGAUUAUUGUCGUCCAUUGAUUUCUCUCUCUGGGCAGUACCUUACCAUGAACGUUUAGAAGGAUCCUGUACUGUCCACAUAAAGGAUGGAAAGGGAGGCAGUAUAAUGAAAACCAGCAGCUUCCAGCACUUGAGCUCUGUUAAUCUUAGACCAAUUCAUGAAGGGAUUGGCAUGGCUUGAAUGUAACGGAGAACCAGUAUGCUAGAACACACAAGGUUUAUGUUGGUAAGCUGGUUUUAAUAAUUCAGUCUUCCUCAUAUAAUGCAUUAAAUUUUCUAACGAGAGGGGAUCCUUUCACUGCAAGCAGAUGUGCUUGCAUCAGUCAGACUUCCUUUUAUUUUCCAGUUUUAUAUACCACUUUUCACCCAAGUGAUUUUGAAGUGGGUCACAUAGGUUAUUAUGUGCCAAAAACAGCAAACAGGACCAGGCACUGUGGAUCAUGCCUGUGGGACAGAAAACAUCAACCCCACAAACAUCUAAAGCUCAAAUAAAUUGUGAAAACCCUUCAGAUCUGAUGGGGUCAUGGGGAAUCUUGAUUAGUAAUUGGUAACCCGGUCAACUUUUUUCAGACCCAGGACACAUCUUUAAAUCCCAUAUGCACAACGUAGGAUUGACUUAAAAGCUUUUACUGUUUAUGUACAACUUUCCCCUUUCUUCUUAAUAAACCUUUUUUAAAAAGGAGGUGGUGACAGCACUUGAUGGUUGAACUGGACCUUGAAGGUGGAAAUCAUGACAAUCUCGUUGACCAUUCAGAAUGAGAAUAGCCUUGGAGCAUAGCAUAUUUGGUCUUCAGUGUUAUUUAAGUCUCACAGAGACUCUGAAGACACCAGCUUUCAUUUUAUAAGAUAAGUGGUGGAUGGACAAAAGUUGGCAGCAUUGCACACUGUCAAACAAAUUGUCCAUCUCUCAGCAUACAUGUCCCAUAAAAAUUCAUGGAAUCUUUGCAUCUCUCAAUCACAUUAGAUUCUGCGGCCUUCUGCCUCAUUUUCAGAAAGUACAGUGGUGCCUUGCAAGACGAAAUCCGUUCCGCGAGUCUCUUCGUCUUGCGGUUUUUUCGUCUUGCGAAGCACGGCUAUUAGCGGCUUUAAGAAAAAGGAAAAGAACUCGCAAGACAUUUCGUCUUGCGAAGCAAGCCCAUAGGGAAAUUCGUCUUGCGAAGCAGCUCAAAAAACGCAAAACCCUUUCGUCUAGCGAGUUUUUCGUCUUGCGAGGCAUUCGUCUUGCGGGGCACCACUGUAUCUGUUAAAGGGCAGUUAUUGGAAGAGAGACACAGAAAUAGGAAGUGUUUCUAAAGAGCAGGGAAAUGUUGCUUUUUACCCAUUUUGAAAUCUGAAUUGCAGUAGGAUUGUUUAUACAUCAUCAAAUGGGGUAGCAGGUUACAGCUUUAUCACCCAACUUUGUCCAAAGCUCCAUUGAAGUGAGUGUAAGAGUUGAAUAAUACAAAGGAACGGACUCAACUCGGGAGGUUGUGGUCUCUCCUUCACUGGAGGUUUUUAAGCAGAGGUUGGAUGGCCACCUGUCAUGGAUGCUUUAGUUGAGAUUCCUGCAUUGCAAGGAGUUGGACUAGAUGAUCCUUAGGGUCCUUUCCAAGUCUACAGUUCUGUGAUCCUUAACACUCUGACUUCUAAAUUUGCUGCCUGGCGCUUGGGUGAGCUUCUUCACAGAAGUGUUAAGAUGGAAUCCGUCAUUCCACUGGGAGAUUGCUAAUAAAACUCUGGAUGUAGCAAUAAGUCAAUGUGAUUGAAUGUAUUGAGUGGUUUAUUCAAAGGGUUCUUUCCAAUGUAAUGUGAAACAUGGAGAAAUUGCUGACUAACGGAUGGCUUUGUUGAAUGCAUUAAUGCUGAUUAAACUAUUGCAGUACAAACAAA